AUGGUACUGUCAUGGGUGAUAACUCUGUACACACUGUGGCAAAUGGUGGAGCUGCAUGAGAUUGUCCCUGGGAAGAGGCUUGACAGAUACCACGAGCUAGGCCAACACGCUUUUGGAGAGAAGCUCGGUCUCUGGAUCAUUGUGCCUCAGCAGCUCAUCGUGGAGGUCGGAGUCGACAUAGUUUAUAUGGUCACCGGAGGAAAAUCUCUCCAGAAAGUCCACCAGCUCCUCUGCCCUGAUUGCAAAGACAUCAGAACUACUUUCUGGAUCAUGAUCUUUUCUUCCAUCCAUUUCAUUAUAUCUCACCUCCCCAAUUUCAACUCCAUCUCCGUCAUCUCCCUCGCCGCCGCCGUCAUGUCCUUGACUUACUCAACUAUUGCUUGGGCUUCAUCCGUGCACAAAGGAGUCCAUCCGGAUGUGGACUACUCAUUUAGGGCCUCGACGAGUCCUGGAAAAGUAUUCAACUUCUUGAAUGCAUUGGGAGAUGUGGCUUUUGCCUACGCAGGUCACAACGUUGUGUUGGAGAUUCAAGCCACCAUUCCUUCCACUCCAGAGAUGCCUUCCAAGAUCCCUAUGUGGAGAGGAGUUGUUGUAGCCUACAUCGUAGUCGCCAUCUGCUACUUCCCUGUAGCCUUCCUCGGCUUUUGGAUCUUUGGAAACAGUGUCGACGACAACAUUCUCAUCACUCUCGAGAAGCCCGUCUGGCUUAUCGCCAUGGCUAACUUGUUCGUCGUUGUUCACGUCAUUGGAAGCUAUCAGAUAUUUGCAAUGCCCGUUUUUGACAUGCUCGAAACCUUCUUGGUCAAGAAGAUGAAGUUCGAUCCGUCCUUCAAGCUCCGCUUAAUUACCCGCAGCCUUUAUGUCGCUUUCACCAUGUUCGUUGCGAUAUGUGUCCCAUUUUUUGGUGGACUACUCGGCUUCUUUGGAGGAUUCGCAUUCGCCCCAACAACUUACUACCUUCCAUGUAUUAUCUGGCUCGUUCUCAAGAAACCAAAAAGGUUUGGUCUAUCUUGGACCAUUAACUGGUUCUGCAUUAUAGUAGGAGUGCUUUUGACGAUCCUAGCCCCUAUCGGUGGCCUCAGAACCAUCAUUGUCAACGCCAAGACCUACAAGUUCUUCUCUUAG